UUAGAGAGCCCAAUGACAUUUAUUUAAAAAUAAAUAAAGACAAAAAAAAGUGAAAAUGCCCUGUGACACUAGAAAGAGCGAGAAGAGCAGCAACCAGAUGACUGGUGAGAAACCAGCAGCAGGUACAGUGGAACACAACUCAGCAUUCUGCAAAUUUGGAAGGAUUGAUGUUUCUACAAAUCUUGAUUGCUCUCCGAAUUCACAGAGAAUAGCAAACAAACAGAGAAUGCAAUGAUAAAUGCCUUUAACAUGGGAAUCUUUACUGAUCACGGGAGGGAUUCUACAUUAGACUGCUGUCAAUUGCUGCCAUUCAUAAUUUGCUUUAUCUUCUGAACUUGAAUCAUCCUUUGCCCUCAAUUGAUAUCACCACAUUGCAUUUGAUUCAGAAAGAGUAGUUGAAUUGCAGAAGUUAAGAUAAUGAUUGCUGCAAAAACUCAAUAGGCCUUCAAUACAGUUUCCCUUGCCAUUGUCUUGUUCUUGGCUACCAUGAAACCUCCUUGCAAUUUAUCAUUCUUUUCCUCCACCACCACUGUCACAUAUGCUUUCCAUAAUGACCACACAACUCCUAAAGAAACCAAGGAAAUUCCCAUUGAUUCCCCUUCCGAGGUUCCUGUUGUUGCCACAAUCAACCAUCUUCCUCAACCAGAUGCUGCCACCAAGAUCCAAUCUGCCUACAGGGCCCAUGUAGUCCGCACUCUCUACAGAAAGAUCUCAUCUGUCAAUUCUGAAGCUGAUCAACUGCAGCGCCAAAUCCAACGGCAGGAGACAGUGGAUGCCAUUAGGACUGAUGAACGAGAGAAGCUCAAAAUUAAUGAGGCCUUGAUGGGGUUACUCUUAAGGCUGGACUCUGUACCUGGGUUUAAUCCGAUGAUAAGGGAGGCACGGAGGAAAGUGAGCCAUAGGAUAGUGGGGCUGCAGGAGAUUGUGGAUGGGAUAUGUGGAAGUGAUGGCCCUGAUUGGUAUGUUGGUUGUCGAUAUGUAAAGGAUUGGGAUGAGAUGGUGGCAGAGAUGGAGAAGGAGGUAUGUAAGGAGAGAGGCGGCGAGGAGAUGGAGCAGUUUUGUGCUGAAUAUCUUGGGUUUAGAUGCUUGAAGAGGUUUCUGUAUGAGCCAUGAAAUUGUUGAGGUUACUGCCUAUUCUUGUGGAAGCAUAUGUAUAAAUGGAAGGAUGUCAUGGUUAUUUUCUUGUAAUGGUAUAUGCAUAUAACGUAACAUAUGUAUAGAUGAAGGCUAGCUCUAAAUGUGUAUCUUGUUUGUAGUA